CUCGGAAAAAGAAAGCGCAACAAGUGUGCAUAAUAAUACAAGGAUGCUUUUUCCCUCUGCACAUGGGAAUACAAAUUUUCUUGAUAUAAGUCAUGUGAAAUACAAUAGUACUUACCAAGUCUUUUGCUCUCAAAUCAUUACCCUAUCUUGAGAUAGCAAAAAUGGGAACCAAGUCCCUUUGCUUUUCAUCAUUGUUAUUAUGUGUUUUCUUGCUUCACAUUCAUCUCCACAAAGGGGUAGUGGUCGUUGUUGCCCAAGAGAUAGCAGGAUCAGAAAGUGAAGCACUGGGACUAGCAAGACCAGAAAGGGAAGCAAUUGAAAUUAUCAUUGGCGGUGGAGCUGGCGGCGGUCAUGGCCCUGCUCCUUCCCCUGAAUGCCCACCUCCCUCACCACCACCAUUGAGCCGGUUGGAGAAAGCACGCCGCGUGCUUCUAAAGUUCAAAACUUCCAUUAAUGACCCGAAAGGGUACACACGAAACUGGAACCAGCAAACCGACGUUUGUAAAUUCAACGGUGUACGAUGUGCACGAUAUCCAAACACAAGCGAGUCAGCAGUUGCAGGAUUGGACUUUAACCAAGCUGCGAUCUCGGCGUGCGGCAGUGCACCUUUGUCCCUUUCAGGAAUUUUGGACAAAAUAACAGAAUUGACAUUCUUCCACGUUAACUCCAACAACUUCUCUGGUGCCAUCCCAAGCCAAAUCACAACAUACCCUUAUUUCUUCGAGCUUGACCUCAGUAACAACAAACUUGUCGGUGAAUUUCCAAAGGUUGUGGUUCAAGCCACUAAACUCGUGUUCUUGGACCUCAGGUUCAACAAUUUCCACGGGCCAGUUCCCUCACAGUUGUUUAAUAUGGAUCUCGAUGUGAUUUUCAUCAACAACAACCAAUUGUGUCAAAAUCUCCCUGAUAAUUUUGGUUCCACCCCUGCCAGGUACCUCACUUUCGCUAACAACCAAUUCACAGGUCCAAUCCCAAAGAGUAUUGGCAAUGCUUCGAAAACCCUCACCGAAGUGCUUUUCUUAGGCAACAAAUUUGAAGGGUGCUUGCCAUACGAAAUUGGGUACCUUCAAAAGGCUGUAGUCUUUGAUGUGAGUAGAAACUACUUAACUGGUCCAAUCCCAUACUCCUUUGCCUGCUUGAGCAAGAUUCAGUUUCUGAAUUUAGCACACAACAAGUUCUAUGGUCUUGUUCCCGACAGUGUUUGUAUGCUCCCGGGGAUUCGCAACAAUGGGAACCUGUCUUUAUCGGACAACUAUUUCACUGAGGUUGGGGCUGAAUGUUGGAAGCUGAUAAAAUCCAAAGUGUUGGAUGUGAGCAAAAAUUGCAUUCCUGGGCUCCCAAAUCAAAGAUCACAUCAAGAGUGCUAUGAGUUUUUGUCCAAGGUGAAGCCUUGCCCAAAUCAUGAGUACUUGAGUUACAUUCCUUGUAAGGGACACUGGGAGAAACAGCAGAGCACUAUCCCUGUUCCUCAGGCAACCGCUUUACCCCCUGAGCCGGUAACUUACAAGUCUCUCAAACCGCAUAGGUUGAGAUUGUGAUCGUGUGAACUCGGGAUGGUUUAUGUGGGGACUCUCUGUUGGGUUUCAUAAUUAUCGAUAUUUGCAUAAUUUUCUCUUUCGUAAUUAGCUGUUGAUUUGUAUGUUGUGUGUUUAUGAAUAAGCACUAUCAGCCAAUUAGGAAUCUCUGACUCUCUGGUGGCAGUUUGGUGCUACGCAAAUGUAAUUUUUCUAAGAGCUCGAAUAAAUUUGGUCGUUAUCUCAUUUAGAGAUAUAGAUGGGGAUAAGGAGUGAUGCAUCUUCCAAUGAAAAUGU